UAAAAGCGGUUGAUCAAAUUACUUUUAUUAAGAACUCUUCCAUGAUCUCGCAAGCAAAAAAGUUUCAAAAUCAGGGCUGCUUAUGAUUGUGAUUCGCUGCCGGAGCCUCCUUUUCUUCCGCCGUCUCUGCCACUCAAGUCUCCAACUUCCGGUACCUCCUCGGCCUAUUGAUUCUGAAUCAUGCACCAACUACAUAAAAAAUUGCAGUACAAUCGAAUCCUUGAAAUGUGUCCACGCUUCAAUUCUCAAAGCCAACCUCCACCUCAACUUGUUCUUUUGCACCACUCUCAUUUCGCAGUAUGCGUCGCUUGGCUCUGUUUCUUACGCCUAUUCUCUCUUCUCUUUGUUGCAAUCUCUUGACGUUUUUCUCUGGAAUGUGAUGCUUCGUGGUUUUGUUGAUGCUGGGUUUUAUCGUAAGGUCAUGUUUCUCUAUGCCCAAAUGCUGGAUUUGGGUAUUCGACCUGAUAAUUUCACGUUUCCAUUUGUUUUCAAGGCGUGUGGGUGUGUGCAGGAUUUGGAUUUUGGGGUUAGGGUUCAUUAUGAUGCUGUGAAUUUUGGGUAUGAGUUGGAUGUUUUUGUUGCGAAUUCACUCAUUGCGAUGUAUGGUAGAUGUGGGCGUUCAGAACUUGCACGAGAGGUGUUUGAUAAAAUGCCUGAAAGAAAUGUGGUGUCCUGGAGUUCAAUCAUUGGUGCUUAUGCACAAAAUGGUCAAUAUAGUUUAGGAGUGUCGUUGUUUUCGCUGAUGUUGGCUGAAGGAUUUCAAUUAAACAGGUCUGUGCUGUUGAAUGUCAUGGCGUGCAUACACUCAGAGAAGGAAGCUGAUGAUGUUUUUCGAAUGGCCAUGGAUCAUGAGCUUGGUUUAAAUCAAUCAGUCCAAAACGCAGCAGUUGGUAUGUAUGCACGAUGUGGAAGAAUUGACAAGGCUCAAGAGAUCUUUAAUGGAAUUCAAAACAAGGACUUGGUGUCGUGGGCGUCGAUGAUUGAAGCUUACGUGCAGGCUGAACUUCCUCUGAAAGCUUUGGAGAUUUUCAGAGAACUGAUACUCAAAGGUAUUCUGCCUGAUUCUAUCACCCUUUUGGGUGUAAUUCGUGCUUGUUUAGCUUUAGGAUCUUUUAGCCAGGCGUGUUUCGUACAUGGUUUUGUUAUCCGAAGGCUUUUCGGAAACCAAAUAGUGGUUGAAACUGCCAUUGUUGAUCUCUAUGUCAAAUGUGGAAGUUUAAUAUAUGCCAGAAAAGUAUUUGAUAACAUGAAGGAAAGAAAUGUUAUCUCAUGGAGCACCAUGAUUUCAGGGUAUGGAUUACACGGCCAUGGUAGGAAGGCAAUAUGUCUCUUCAAUGAAAUGAAGAACUCAACCAAGCCUGACCACAUAACAUUUGUAUCAAUAUUAGCAGCUUGUAGUCAUGCUGGUUUGGUUGCAGAAGGAUGGGAUUGCUUCAAUGCCAUGUCUAGAGAUUUUGAGCUGAAACCAGGACCCGAACAUUACGCUUGCAUGGUUGAUCUCUUAGGUCGAGUUGGGCAGCUUAAAGAAGCUCGUGAUUUUAUCUCGAAAAUGCCAAUUAGACCCAAUGCUGGGGUUUGGGGUGCAUUACUUGGGGCAUGUAGAAUACAUUCAAAUGUAGAAAUGGCUGAAGUUGCUGCAACGAAUUUACUCGAGUUGGACCCGGAGAAUCCUGGGAGAUAUGUUCUUCUGUACAAUAUAUACCUGUCAUCUGGAAAAAGAAAAGAAGCAGACCAGAUUAGGGCUCUUAUGAAACAAAGAGGUCUGAGAAAAAUUGCAGGCCACACGAUUAUUCAGAUGAAAAACAAGGUUCAUACGUUUGUGGCCGGGGAUCGAUCUCAUCCACAAACUGAAAUGAUUUACUCCGAGUUGGAUAAAGUGAUUUAUAGGAUUCAAGAAGAAGGGUAUACUCCUGAUUUGAAUUUUGUAUUACAUGAUGUGGAGGAAGAGACGAAGGAAAAGCUUCUAUAUGUGCAUAGUGAAAAGCUUGCUAUUGUUUUUGGGCUCUUGAAUUCUGGAUCAGGUAGCGUCGUUAGACUUCAGAAGAAUCUCCGAGUUUGUGGUGAUUGUCAUACUUUUACGAAGUUUGUAUCGAAGGUUGCAAGGAGAGAAAUUAUAGUAAGAGAUGCUCGUCGGUUUCACCAAUUUAAGGACGGUACUUGCUCGUGUGGGGAUUAUUGGUGAUCCCACAUCGGUUGAGGAGGAGAACAAAACAUUUUUAUAAGAGUAUGAAAAUCUCUCCCUAGCAGACACGUUUUAAAAACCUUAAGGGGAAGCCCGAAAGGGAAACCCUAAAGAGGAUUGGGCUUGAGAUGUUACAAUUGAUACACGAAGAAUGAAAUGCACGUGCACCACAGAGCUUGAUCAACUCCUAAAAACAACGGUACUUAUGAUUCUAAACGCUUGCUUAUCAUGGAGUCUAUCUAGUCUUUUACUGAAUUUAUUCAUAUUGCAGCCUUAAGAAUUUCGCUUUGCUGGCCAGAAAUGCAAACCAUUAGUCUCAUGUCAUGUUCUUGUUCAA